GCCUCCAUUGUUGGUGACGUCAGUGAAGGACAAACUGCUUCAGCGCGAGGACGCGCGGCCUCUGAGACGCCGGUAGAGAAGAGGAGGCGCCAUCUUCUAGUGUCUGUUCGACGCGCCUCCACCGCCUCGAAACAUGUAUCCCAGCACCCUGACCCAGCUGGCCCGGGCAAACCCGUUCAGCGCGCCACUUUUUACGCUCCAGAAAGACGAAAGCAUUCUAACGCAGAGACGGAGUGGACGCCGCCUUGCCGCCGCUUCAACUGUUGCAACCGAAGAGGGUGACAGCUGUGAAUAUGGCUCUGCUAAAUAUUUUGCUCUGUGUGGACUGGGUGGGAUUCUUAGCUGUGGUACAACUCACACUGCUGUGGUCCCACUAGACCUGGUCAAAUGCAGAAUUCAGGUGAAUCCAGACAAGUAUAAGAGUAUCUUCAAUGGCUUCUCUGUAACAGUCAGGGAGGAUGGUGUCCGAGGCCUAGCCAAAGGAUGGGCUCCAACAUUCAUUGGUUAUUCCAUGCAAGGAUUGUGCAAGUUUGGGUUUUAUGAAGUGUUUAAAGUCAUGUAUGGCAACUUAUUGGGUGAGGAAAAUGCAUAUUUGUGGAGGACAUCCUUGUACUUGGCUGCCUCAGCUAGCGCUGAAUUUUUUGCUGAUAUUGCCCUCGCUCCCAUGGAAGCUGCUAAAGUACGUAUCCAGACCCAGGCUGGCUAUGCCAACACACUGCGAGAAGCUGUUCCUAAAAUGUAUGCUGAGGAAGGUCUGUGGGCAUUCUACAAAGGUGUGGUCCCUCUGUGGAUGAGACAGAUACCUUACACUAUGAUGAAGUUUGCUUGCUUUGAGCGCACAGUUGAAGCCUUGUAUAAAUUUGUGGUUCCUAAGCCCCGUAGUGAAUGUUCCAAGCCUGAGCAGUUGGUUGUCACUUUCGUGGCAGGAUAUAUUGCUGGAGUGUUCUGUGCUGUGGUGUCUCACCCUGCUGACUCCGUGGUGUCAGUCCUGAAUAAAGAGAAGGGAAGCAGUGCUGUACAGGUCCUCAAGAGACUCGGCUUGAAAGGUGUCUGGAAGGGUCUCGUUGCUCGUAUCAUAAUGAUUGGCACACUGACAGCGUUGCAGUGGUUUAUCUAUGAUUCCGUCAAGGUCUACUUCAGACUGCCUCGUCCCCCUCCUCCAGAGAUGCCAGAGUCCUUGAAGAAGAAGUUAGGACUAACACAGUAAUAACAGGAACUUGAGUUUUCUUUAUUUAAAACAUCAAAGUUGAAAUCUUAUUGUCUCAUCUGGUUGCAGAUUGAUUUUAUCAGCCUGUUUAAUUUUAUGUGGAAAGGAUUGACUGCUGUAAACAGAUUGCACACUUUGUCACACUUUGAUUCUGAAGUUGUGUUUGAACAAGGCCCCUUCAAUAAACUUACACCGGCAUUCUUUGCCAUGGAGAGCC